AUGUCUGUCAAAAAAUCUAUCAUAGCAGCCACAACAGCACUAGCUACAGGAGCGAUGUCUGCGUACAUCGCUGGUGAGCCUUGGUCAACCUUGGUUCCUGAGGGGUACUACGAGGGAAGCUUGAGCGAAUACCCCAACACCUUCGGUGUUGCAGUAGUCCCAUUGAGUCCCAAGUUUGCCAAGAAUACAGCUACUGUUACUGUGGCAAAGAGAGAGACUGUAGCACAGGGAGCGGAUGAGAUCCAGGUUCAGGCCCCUGUUGAAGUCCCUGAUAUUGGCGGAGUCGCUCAAAUCAACGAUGGUCAGUUGCAGUCAGUGAACAACGCUGUUAAGUCAAAUUCUGCCGUGGCACAAAUCAGAGACGGACAAAUCCAGGCCACAAGGGGCUGUCCAGCCCCAGAGGAGUUGGAGAGGCUUCUAGCUUCAAACCCAGCGCCACGUGACCCCAAGGACCCCGUAAAUGCCUACUCCUACAAGUACGAGGGAACUUUGGAAAUGACGUUGAGCGAUUCCAUUCUUCGUGAUGCGCACGGCAGAGUCGGAUGCAUUGUUGCAAGCAGACAGUUCCAAUUCGAUGGCCCACCACCACAGGCUGGUGCCAUCUACGCUAGGGGCUGGUCAUUAACCCCACAAGGUAAUUUGGCUUUGGGUGACAGCGACGUUUUCUUCCGCUGCCUAUCUGGGGACUUCUACAACUUAUACGACCAAUCCAUUGGCGGUCAAUGCUCUCCAGUUCAUUUGCAAGCUAUUAACUUGAUUAGCUGUUAG